GCCAGCGAAUGCACCGCGGGGCGAGGCAGCGCAUUGCUCAACCGGCGGUCCCAGCAAGCAGAACAACGGGUAAAAUAUCGUAAGAACGCGUCGUUCCCCAUAACUCGAGCGAAUCUUUCUUUAAUUACACUUUAACUGUGCCCGAAGAAAACUUUUAAAACGGAAAUAGAAUAAACGGAAACAAAACAGCAUAGGGCAAAUGGAAAGGAGCCGGAAAUCCUGGCUAAGGUUUACAACACUGCAAGACUUCCGAGAGCAACGGCGAUAAAUAUGACACACGAUUUAGAGGAAAAUGAGCACAGACCGACUGCGGCAGCAAUAAUACACUGAAACAACGCUCGUUUAAACGUAAACGGCAACUAAAGAGGGAUAACACAUCAUCCCAACCGUUAUAUUAAAGCAGCCACCAGUAGCAAAGUAUGUUAACUUAUUUGAUUAUUUCAUUAGUGAAGAUACUUGCAACUUGUUCUACUAUGGAUUUACUACCUGAAACCACAGAAACUGUACCAAUGCUUAUAAUUCAAUAAUAUUUGUCAUUCUACACAAUAGAAGGUUAAAAACCUAAAUGCUGCUUAUAAACUAUCUGUAAAACAAAUUCCCUGCUGUCAGUAGUGUAAUAAUACUAGAAUAGAGUCUGUAUGUGAAAACUCAUCCAGGUAAGGUUGUCUGGAGAUUGUGUGAAAUAAGAUGCAUGUCUGUUGUUAUUACGUGAUACCUUUUGAAGCUUUUGUGUGAAGUCCUGAGGUCUUUGCUUGUUCUCAGUUUGUUGUGGUUCUUAGACACUAUUUAAUAACACUCACACAACACAUCUUUCCCUCCAACAUUAUAUUUUAAUAUUUUUUUACUUUUUUCUCCAGGUCUGAUUCUUAAAUCUUUUUGUUUGUGUUUUGUAAAUAUUUGCAAUCAUGUUGACAGGAUUUUCCCAAUAAUGUAAAUGUUUUACACAUAAUUAAUUUACUAAAUAAAACAACUUUGAUGAAAAACAUAAUUUGUCUUGGUGUGUAGUUAUUGACUCGUUUUAUUGUAUGUACUAUGUCAAAUUUGUUCCCUUUAAACCACUAGGAUUUGUCAAAACAUAAUUAAACUUAGUAAAUGGCUAUAGAUACGUAGCUAGGUGAGCAGUGUGAAGGCUGCUAUUGUUUUGAAAGUCAUUUAAAGAACGGAAGUAAACUAUAUUGUUAAAUGUAUCCGUAUUGUGUAUUUUCAAAAUAAACAUGCGUUAUGGCGCGUUACUCAAGAUCCUCAUCCUGACCGAAGUUUUCAUAAACGCUGACCUUACUGCUGGUGAAUCAUGCCUUCUGUUGCUGGAAGCACAAGUCUGGAAGACGUUGCUGCUCUUUGUCCGCAUGCAGCCAACUCCAUAAGAGCAGAUAUCCGUCAGGGUCAGCUGGUUUCCGGUUUGGACGCUUUAGCUGUCACGAGUGGUCACAGGUUGUUUGCACAUGGAGAACAGGACGAUCUCAAGGGUCAGGAUGAGUCACACUGUGAUGGUGGGGAAAGCCCUGAGCAGGGAGCAUCUGCUGAUCAAAGGAACUGGAUACGGCCCGAUUUGCCCAGCAGAUGUACAUGGAGGCUGGGGGCACCAGCAUCAGAGUCCCCCCAUAGCCACCCAGAGCGCACCAAGGCCACGAGCAUCCUGCCCAACAUCCUUGGGCAAAUCGGACACACUCCCCUAGUUCGCUUGAACAAAAUCCCAAAAGAGUUUGGACUCAAGUGUGAAGUCUUGGCCAAGUGCGAGUUCUUCAACGCCGGCGGCAGCAUCAAGGACCGGAUCGCCCUGCGCAUGGUGGAAGACGCGGAGCGAGCUGGAGUCCUCCAGCCGGGAGACACCAUCAUCGAGCCCACCUCCGGAAACACAGGUAUCGGCCUGGCGCUCACCGCUGCUGUGAAAGGCUACCGCUGCAUUAUUACCAUGCCUGAGAAGAUGAGCCAGGAAAAGGUGGACGUGUUGAGAGCUCUCGGGGCAGAAAUCGUCCGCACGCCAACGUCGGCAGCCUUCGACUCGGCAGAGUCCCACGUGGGCACAGCGUGGCGCCUGAAGAACCAGAUCCCCAACUCGCACAUCCUGGACCAGUACCGCAACGCCAGCAACCCCCUGGCCCACUACGACACCACGGCCGAGGAGAUCCUGGAGCAGUGCGACGGUAAAGUGGACAUGCUGGUGGCCGGCGCCGGCACCGGUGGGACCCUAACGGGCGUCGCUCGGAGGCUGAAGGAGAGGUGCCCCAACGUGAAGAUUGUUGCCGUGGACCCCGAGGGCUCCGUUCUGCUUGGAUCUGAGGAGAACACGGACAAAAAGGUUUUAUUUGAAGUGGAAGGCAUCGGCUAUGACUUCAUCCCCACAGUGUUGGACAGAUCUGUUGUUGACAUGUGGUAUAAAUGCACAGACUUGGAGACGUUCUCCAUGUCACGUCAGCUGAUCAGAGAGGAGGGACUUCUGUGUGGAGGCAGCUCGGGCUCCGUCAUGGCGGCAGCGGUGAGCGCGGCCCAGCAGCUGGAGGAGGGGCAGCGCUGCGUCAUCAUUCUGGCAAUUCUGGCCGACUCGGUCCGAAACUACAUGUCAAAGUUCCUGAACGACCAGUGGAUGCAGGAGAGAGGCUUCCUCGGCCCAGCGGCUCAGGCGGAGCUCAGGCCCUGGUGGUGGAAUGAGCCUGUGGGGCGUUUACACCUGCGUGCCCCCAUCUCCGUCUCGCCCUCUGUGUCCUGUCAGAAAACCGCCGAGAUCCUGAAGGAGAACGCGCUGGACCAGGCCCCGGUCAUCGAUGAAUCCGGGGAGGUGCUGGGGGUGGUGACCCUGGGCUCCAUUCUGUCCUCUGUGUCCGCUGGGACGGCCCAACUGUCGGACGCCGUCGGACGAGUGCUCUGCAGGACGUACAGGCAGGUGCAGGCGACCGACGACCUGGGGAAGCUGUCCCGGAUCCUGGACGCAGCCAGCUUCGCCCUGGUGGUUGACGACACCCAACAUGGCGCCGGCGGCUCGACGGCAUGCGGGCAGGAGGUGCGUGGAGUCGUGACGGCGACAGACCUGCUCAGCUUCAUCAGCACGCGCCAGGAGGCCUAGAAGUCAAAGUCUUGGGUAAAAGAAUCUGCUGGAAACUGCUUCAGGUUGUAGCCAGGACCGGGCUUCAUAUAUAAAUUGAUGCCACUGUUAGAAACCAAAUCCCAAGCGCUAAAGUGAUAGAAGGUGAAUGAAUGCUUCCAUCUUGUGGCUCAAAAUGAUACCAGUUGAGCUACAAUACUACAGUACAAAUGUUUCAAAUGACAGAAACCUGUUGGCUCCCAAAUACUGUCUUUGGGCACAUUUUUUCUAUUAUGCAGAAAUUAGUUUAAAUAAUAGUAUACUUAGUUUACUUGCUUACCAUUACUUAAGUAGCGGUUUACAUCAGUUGUCACUGCGUGUAGAGUCUCCUCAGACCAGAGGGAGGCAGCACUGACUCACUGCAGGAGGCACAGACACCUACAUGCUGAAGGAUCUGUAUUGAAACCGGACACAUUGACAGUAAAACUGUAAAAUACACUGGGUUCGUUCCAGUAAAACUAAAUCACCUAGAUUUGAAUUUGAUCAUAGGCUUUUCAGUACAAAAUGUCUUCACAGCUAGAGAACUGAAUAGUAAUAAGGCUUUUGUAUUCUGAUUAUAUGAAAACAUUGUAGCAAAUUUUACUUUAUUAAGUCGUAAACUGCUUUUCUUCUAUGAGUUUUAUUAUCUGUUCAGAAACAGAAAUGGUCCAAAUAAUAAUUUACAACACGAUGUUUCAACACGAGUUCCUUUCGUAGAUUCGUAGAUGGAACACAUUAAAGCCUGUGUCUGUGUUCUAGUGUGAUGGGAGUCAGAUGUGCGAUGCUGAGAUCCACAGAAAGACGUAUUACACUGGCCUGACAACACAGCACGCACACACA